AAAAAAGGAAAAAAUGCGACUCAUCUCAAGAAAACUAAUCUUUACUCUUCUGAUUCUCACUCUGUAUCCUCUUUCCCUCUACGCGCGGCCCUUCAUUCUCGUCCUUUCACAGGACGACAUCAAGGACACGCCGCCGUCUCCUCAGGAUGACGACUCGGCCGACUGGGACGACUUCGGCGACUCUGAGACGGAGCCCGAGGAGAAUCUCGAUCCGGGUUCCUGGAACCCCAUCUUCGAGCCUUCGAUGGACCCGGACGCGCUGAAUCGGAGCUACUAUUCCACCGUCGCAAAGAUGAUGUCGGCUGUCAGUGACGGCGACAAGCGGAAGAUGCGGGAGGCCACGGCCGAGAUUGAAGCGGCGGCUGAUGAAGGUGAACCACACGCUCGGUCGGUCUUGGCGUUUUUGUACGGAAUGGGGAUGAUGCGAGAGCGGAACAAGGCCAAGGCUUUUAUGUAUCAUCAUUUUGCUGCUGAAGGUGGUAACAUUCAAUCGAAGAUGGCUUUAGCAUACACGUAUUUGCGUCAAGAUAUGCAUGAGAAUGCGGUUAAAUUAUAUGCUGAAUUAGCUGAGAUAGCAGUGAAUAGUUUUUUGAUUUCAAAGGAUUCACCGGUGAUUGAACCAGUUAGGAUUCAUAAUGGAGCUGAAGAGAAUAAGGGGGCAUUAAGGAAGUCUCGAGGGGAGGACGACGAGGCCUUUCAGAUUUUAGAGUAUCAGGCGCAGAAAGGGAAUGUCGGGGCAAUGUACAAAGUUGGGUUGUUCUAUUACUUUGGAUUGAGAGGAUUGAGGCGUGAUCGUGCCAAGGCAUUGGCAUGGUUUUCAAAGGCUGCGGAUAGGGGUGAACCCCAGUCCAUGGAAUUUCUUGGAGAGAUAUAUGCAAGAGGAGCUGGUGUUGAAAGGAACUACACUAAGGCACUUGAAUGGCUGACACUUGCUUCCAGACAGCAGCUUUAUUCGGCGUAUAAUGGAAUGGGGUAUUUGUAUGUCAAGGGCUAUGGAGUGGAAAAGAAGAACUACACCAAAGUAUGUUCAUUUGCUUCUGUAGUGAUUUUUGUACAUUUUGAGUUUUCUAGUGCAUUGAUUUGUUGA